CCUCCGUCUCCUAGCAACCGGAGACCGCUACUUUUAACCGUAACUGUGGCAGGCUCCGAGGACCAACGUGAGCGAUCAGAGCGGACCUGCCAGUCUGCAGCCCCCCCGCCCGCCAGUCCGCAAUGCCGCAUCGAUAUCCCGGGCCGCACCUGCCCUCCAUCCUUCCCUGACCGUCCCGAACCAAAGGCCUGGAAGACAAGCGAAAAGCUCCCAGCUCAGGCCCACGCCCCCUCGGCCUACGCCGCUGUCGUCACUUCCUCCGUUGGUUUCCUAGCAACCACGGCUAGCUUGGGUUGUUUGACUCUGGAAGCGUAGAAACCGGACUGAUCUUCCAGCUCAGACACCAGCGAUGGCAGAAGUUGAGGAAACUCUAAAGAGAAUUCAGAAUCAUAAAGGGGUUAUUGGUACAAUGGUUGUUAAUGCUGAAGGUAUUCCCAUCAGAACAACCUUAGAUAACUCUACAACAGUUCAGUAUGCAGGUCUUCUUCAUCAGUUGACUAUGAAAGCAAAGAGUACAGUACGAGAUAUUGAUCCUCAGAAUGACCUAACUUUUCUUAGAAUCAGAUCAAAGAAACAUGAAGUCAUGGUAGCCCCAGAUAAAGAAUAUCUACUGAUUGUCAUCCAGAAUCCAACUGAAUAAACCUGUGAUUACAAAUUUAACAAAAAUGAACCCAAACCGCUUUUAACAAAUUCCUUCUUUUUACUAAAAUUGUAUUCUUCCUUAUAGCUAUUUUAAUAUACUUAGCUGCUUUUAUAUUGAAUCUAUUUCUACUUAUUCCAUUUAUUUUUUUAUUAUAUUUUAAAAGUGUUCCUAACCAAUAUAUUGCACUUAUCAAAUUUCUGGUGUGUUAUUUCAUAGGUGUAGUAUAACAAAAUUAACAGAGAAUAUUUUCUCUAAAUUCUUUGCUAAUAUUUAAAAUUUAACUAUUUCUAGUAACUAAUUGUUAUAACAAUUAUUUGAGAUUUUUAACAUUUAUCAAGUAAAGUUGAUGAAUAUUUAAAAUGUCUCAUUUCAGAAGCCUUCCCUGCUUACUGGUUGUCUACUAUUUGACCCCCAUGGAUUUUUAUGGUGGACUGCAUCCUAUAUAUGUUUAUUACUUUACUCCCUAUAGGAUGCUCUCAUCUGCUACAGUCAGACCUAUAUUUGUUGUCCUGCAAAAAUGUGAGGCUUAUUCCUGAAUUUUAUAAUCAUCUUUGUUGUUUUUUUAAUUUAAACAUACAUUGCUUUAUGAAUCAUGUUGAUAAAGAAAAAUCAGAGCAAAAGGGAAAAACCAUGGAAGAGAUUAAAAAAACAGAAAAAAGAAUUGAAUAUAGCAUUUCUUAAUUUA